UCUAUUUCUCAAAAGCACAAGUAGGUUUGUUGCGAACAUAAACAAGUUUCUAAAUCUAAUCUAAGGAAACGUAAACCCACUUAAUAUUACUUGAUCUCUUUUAAACGAAUCCCUUGAUUGGGUUGAUUGGAUUUGAUAAAUUCAGUGGAACAUUGGGAUUAGGGUUGAAGAGGAUUUUGAGAUUUUCACCAAGAAACUGUAACUGUUUGAUCGUCGCGUCACUGAGGCUGUGCGAGCGGAGCUGAGACUGAGAUCCUGCCGACACUGGCCGAUCAAGAUCUCGUGGGCGAAGCAACUGAAUGAGACAAGGAGCGGAGAGCUCGAGAGCUGAGCUGAGCACACAAGAUCGAACGACACCUCUUAUUCCGCACAGUUUUUUGGCUUUUUAAUGCUGCAUAUAAUCCUGGGACCACCAGCAGCAGGUUUAAGGAUGUAUCAAGCAUAGAGACACGUUACGAUGAGACAGACAAGCUUACUAGCUGCAGGCUGUCAGCCAUGGAACAGAGAUGUCUGUGCUGCCUCAGGAGAUAGAUUUGCAUACUGUGCUACUCUAGCUGUCUAUAUCUACCAGCUGGAUAGGGUCUACAAUGAAUUCAAACUGCACUCCAUCGUAGCUGAGCAUCGCAAGACAAUCACAGCCCUCGCUUGGCACCCUAAAAACUCUGACCUCUUCGCAACAUCGGGAACAGACAACCGAAUCAUCGUGUGGCAUGUCUCGGAGCAGAGGAUUGCAUACUCCUUGGAGGGGACGAGAGCUACCCCUACGUCUCUCAGCUGGUCCAUGGUGGAUGAUAACAUCCUGAGCUUCUGCAGCGGGCGUGGCCCAUUGUUAGUCUGGAACAUGCAGCAUGCUAACAGCAUCACCCCUCACAAGGAAGCAGCUAACUUUGGUUCAGAGGUCACCCUAGUCCGAUUGCAUCACAAGCAGAUUGGAAAGCUGGUCACUGGACAUCUGAAUGGAAGCCUAUCCUUCUUUACAGUGGGUAAGAAGUGUUCCAAGCAUGUACUCCAGCCUGAAUCUGAGGAUGAAGAUGAAGAUGAUCCCGUGGUCGCCUUGGAAUGGGAUCCCUUAUCUGAUGAUUAUCUUCUGGUCAUCAACGAGCAGGGUGACAUGAGGAUGAUUGACAGCGUGUCAAUCAAUGUCAUCAUGACCUUCAUCUUACCUAGCACCGCCUCCAGUGUACGCACCAUGGCAUGGGUUCCUACGGCACCAGGCAUGUUUGUAUCAGGAGAUGCCCAUCAAGGGGUCCUGCGUCUGUGGAACGUCUCAAAGCCCACGCCCAUCCUCAGUCUCAAACUGAAAUCCACCGGGUUUCAUUCCCUCUGUGUCUUCAAUGCAUCCCCCCAUGGUACCGGUGACUAUGACUCCUCCUCCUCCUCACCGUCUCAUACCGGUAAUCAUGUAUCAUCAACCAGUCAAGCUGUAGCUCCUAGACGAACCAACGAUCAUCAUAAUUCCUAUGCCCUCCCGCCGGGCCAUGCUGUAUGUACCUUUGAUGAUGGAGGGGUGGGGCUUUAUGACCUGGGGAAAAAACGAUGGGACUUCCUUAGAGAGUUGGGCCAUGUAGAGACUAUCUUUGACUGCAAGUUUAAGCCUGAUAACCCUGAUCUCCUAGCAACCGCAUCAUUUGAUGGAACCAUUAAGGUAUGGAAUAUUAAUUCCUGGACAGCUGUAGACUCCUCCCCAGGCAAUGAAGGCAUCAUAUACUCUAUCUCAUGGGCACCUGCUGAUCUGAACUGCUUAAUGGCAGGAACCUCAAGAAAUGGAGCUUUCAUCUGGGACAUCACCAAGGGAAAGAUCAUUAAGAGAUAUACAGAGCAUGGGCGUACUAGUAUCUACUCAGUGGCAUGGUGUCACAAAGAUUCAAGAAGAGUAGCCUCAUGUGGAGCUGAUAACUACUGUAUUGUACGUGAGAUUGAUGGUAAGAUGCUUCAGAGAUACAAGCAUCCAUCAGCUGUGUUCGGCUGUGAUUGGAGUCCUAAUAACAAAGACAUGAUAGCUACAGGGUGCGGUGAUGGUAAAGUAAGAGUAUACUACAUAGCGACUGCUAACGAUCAACCUUUGAAGACAUUCCCUGGUCACACAGCUAAGGUGUUCCAUGUGAGAUGGUCUCCUCUAAGAGAUGGCAUACUAUGUAGUGGCUCAGAUGAUGGGACAAUACGUAUAUGGGACUACACCCAGGAUAGCUGUGUAAACAUCUUGGUAGGUCAUGGAGCUCAUGUGAGAGGUUUGAUGUGGAACCCUGAGAUACCUUAUCUUCUCAUCUCAGGCUCGUGGGAUUACACCAUCAGGGUCUGGGAUACCAGGGAUGGUGCCUGUGUUGACAAGGUAUUAGAUCAUGGUGCUGAUGUGUAUGGUCUAGCCAUGCAUCCAAACAGACCCUUUGUACUAGCAUCCUGCUCAAGAGAUUCUACCGUUAGGAUCUGGUCUCUGACAUCACUGGUGAUGUCAUCACAGAUGAGAAUCAUUGCGAAGAGACCAUGGCAAGAGAUCAUCACGACAACAGAUCAUGCCAUGGCUGUUAACACAAGCACUCUGAUGUCAGGCAAGGUAUCUCGAGAUCUCAAGUCAAGGAUAGAUCAUUACCGUGGUAACGUGGAUGUUGAGACGAUACUCAGAUGGUUCUCUAACCUCUUUGCAUCACCAGGUGGUACAGCUAACCUAUGGGAGCUAGUGUCAGUCGUCAAUGGUCAAGAUGAUAGCCUUCUACCAGAGGAAUACAGUAAAGGUAUCAUGCACAGAAAACAUCUCAUCAAGUUCAGAUCAUCUGAUGCGAUGGAGCUGGAGCUGGCCAAGCUAGGAGGGCGGGGUGCUCAAUCGUCAAGGUUACGAGAAGAGAAAGUGAGAGAGGCUGCCAGGCUACACAUGAAGCUAGGAGAGGUUCAGAGAUAUUGUGAACUCAUGGUGGAAUUAGGAGAAUGGGAGAAAGCCUUGGCUGUAGCACCUGGCAUUUCUAUGGAGUACUGGAAGCAGUUAGCUGAGAGAUAUGCAGAGAAUCUGUCUGCUGAUGAGAACCUAGAUUGUGUGCCUUAUUACCUCAUCACUCAAAACAUCCGUAAACUGGUCCAGUUCUAUUGCCACCGGGGUCAACUCAACGAUGCCCUCCUGGUGGCGCAGGUGGCCAGUGAGGACCCGGUUACCAUAGAAACAGGCCGAGGUGUUGUCAACGGGAGAGCAGCGGUGCAUGAGGAGGGACAGAGAGUGAAUGGAUUGCAGGAUGAGGAGGAAGGAGAGUCAAACAAGUUACUCCUAUCUGUAACAGAGCUGACGGCUAAUAAGUUCUUUCAUAACGGAUCACCUGUAUUAGCUGCAUGCUGUCAUCUUGCUGCAGGUCAAACAAGGCUCGCCUUGUCCAAGUUAAUCCGAGGUCAUGAGUUAGAGCUGGUGAUAUCAAUAGGAAAGUCACUGAAAGGAGAGAAGAAUUCAAGUCUGGUUACCAUGGCAAUUGAGAUGCUAUCCAGAAGAUGUGAAGGACAGGGAAACUGGGAUCUAGCGUACAAUCUAAUUGAAGACAUACCUAGUAACCAUGACCUGAAGGUCAAGCUAUGUGCAAGGUGUAUCGGUAGUGCUGCAGAGAUCAACCACAUACAUGAAAAGGCGGGUUUCCCCCCUCUGGAAGACUGCAGAGAGAAGGCCCAGAGCAUGGUAGAUACAGGGAAUGUGAGGGAGUGUGUUUGCUACUAUUUACUAUCCUCUACACCAGAAGUAGCAAUGUCUGUGGGUCUGCCAGAAAUCAGGAGUAAACUGAAUCAAUCUGACUGGGUAGUGGGUGAUGUUUACGACCUUCUGCAGUUAAUGGGUUGUAUCAGAACAGACAGGAUUAUGAUGCAGAGUGUGGCACAGCAGCGAUGUGAGCUGGUGAUCCUUUCUUGCUAUGUAGGAGCUCUAGUAGCCAUAAGAAGAGGUUACCAGUCUAUAGUAGCUCCGUUAUUCAGUCUAGCCUGGAGGCUUAUCAAGGAAGGUAGCUUUGGUGAAGAGCUCCCUCUAACAGACGCACUCGUCCAGGCAGAACUCGCGGCUUGGAAUGCCGUAUCUGGAAAUAACAAAGGCCCUGAGCAGCCCAAGUGUGCCCCUCCUACUCCACUUCAAGAAGACAUCUACCAUAACCUGAUAAGACGGGGAGAAUCCUUGACCUUUGACCUUGAAGCAGGUCAUGACUUUGUGACGGGUUCUCACCUUCCUAGUCAUUCUGAUGUUCAUCAUUCUCUGCUGACUGCUAAUAGGAUACAGGGUCCCACAUUCUUCCUGGAUGACGGCAAGUCUGUGAUCUCACUGAACAGCGCCCUCAUGUGGGCUAAAGUGUGCAUGUUCUCACCCAUAGGGUCAGGGACACCUAUUAAUCCGUUCUGAUGGGGAUACAACUACAAAGCAGAUCUAAUCUCCCUGUAUCUGCACCACACUCACACUCCUAUGGCUUUAGGAUGAUGUACAACUCAGAGAUUGGAGGUCAAAGGUCACAUUCAUGAUUACAGUUCAUUCACCUCAUGUUUUGAUUUACAUAUACUGUUGUGUGUGAAUAAGGCCGCUUCAAUAGCGAAAUGCAGUGGCACGAAAAGGUGUCCAGAAUGCAAAAUUUAAUUCAAUUCAAUUCAAAUUUAUUUCCACUCAAACAGUAG